AUGAUCAGGAUGAGGCGCGCCUGGCUGCUGUGGGCCGCUCUCUGGGCCCUGCUGCUUCCGCGGGUAAAUGCACAGGAGGGAAUCCUGCAUGCUUCUGGAAAUGGGAUACCCCCAUUAACAAAGGAUUACUGCAUAAGUUACAAUCCUUCAUGGGUAUCUCUUCCAAAUACCCUGGAUAACAUUGCUUCCAGUAGUUUGGAGAACUUGACCUCCAAAGUGUUCUGCAGUAAUUCUGAAGUUCCUUCUACUCUUGUAAUAAAGGACAAGGCAGUUGUAGUGAUGAGGGGAAACUGCACAUUUGUGGAUAAAGCGAGAACUGCUCAAAGUCAUGGUGCUAAAAUACUGCUGAUUGCCAGUAAAACUGGUCUAUCUUCUCUUUCAGGUAACAAGACUGAUGUACAAAAUGUAACCAUUCCAGUUGCUCUUGUAAGAUAUAAUGAUAUAAUGGAUAUGCAGCAGGCCCUUGGAGCUAGGGUUAAUGUGACACUCUAUUCACCAUCUUUGCCAGAGUUUGACUACAGUAUGGUUGUCAUCUUUCUAAUUGCUGUGCUCACUGUGGCGCUGGGAGGCUACUGGAGUGGAGUAUCAGAGCUUGAGGAUUUAAAGGCAGUGGCAAGCCCUGAAGACAGAGAAACAAGAAGAAAGAAAGAGGAAAAUGUUACUUUCACCCCUCUAACGGUUAUCAUAUUUGUGGUAAUCUGUUGUGCCAUGCUACUCUUACUUUAUUUCUUCUACAAAUGGCUAGUGUAUGUAAUAAUAUCAGUUUUCUGCUUGGCAUCUGCAAUGAGCCUGUACAACUGUCUUUCUGCACUAAUUAGAAAAAUAUCAUUUGGGCAAUGCAGGAUUUCAUGUUGCAACAAAAGUAUUGAAGUGAGACUUAUUUUUCUUGCUGGAUUCUGCAUAGCAACAGCUGUUGUUUGGGCAGUGUUUCGAAAUGAAGAUAGGUGGGCUUGGAUUUUACAAGAUAUCUUGGGAGUUGCUUUCUGCCUAAACUUUAUUAAAACACUGAAAAUGCCCAACUUUAAGUCAUGUGUGAUACUUCUAGGUCUUCUUCUUUUGUACGAUGUAUUUUUCGUCUUCAUAACUCCAUUUAUCACCAAGAAUGGGGAAAGUAUAAUGGUUGAAGUUGCAGCUGGUCCUUUUGGUAACAGUGAAAAGAAUGAUGGAAACUUGGUGGAAGGCCCUGCUGAACGCUCAGCUCCCCAUGAGAAAUUACCAGUCGUUAUUAGGGUACCUAGACUUGAACACUCCGCACUGACGUUAUGUGGAAUGCCGUUUUCACUACUGGGUUUCGGAGACAUCAUUGUACCAGGUCUCCUGGUUGCCUAUUGUCGAAGAUUUGACAUUCAGACAAGAUCGUCUUCUGUAUAUUAUGUUUCCUGCACCAUAGCUUAUGCUGUUGGCAUGGUGUUGACUUUUGUUGUUCUGGCACUGAUGAAGAUGGGACAGCCAGCCCUUCUCUAUUUGGUACCAUGUACACUCAUUACCAGCUCACUUGUUGCCUGGAGACGCAAGGAGAUGAAGAAGUUUUGGCAAGGUAGCAGCUAUCAGGUGUUGGACUCCUCCAGGAAGCCUUUGCUACAAGAUGAUGGAACAUCUAGAUUAUACAGCGAAUGAAGAAAGCACUACGACCGCCAAUGAACAGUCUGGAGAACAAUAAUGCCGAAGAUUGUGAUCUAAAAUAGUGGUGUUCAGAUUUUAUACAAAUAAACUUUAGAAAAUUGACUGAUUUAACAUUUACACUAGAGUAUUUCAUGUUCCAAAUGAAAAUUGUCUUUUUUUACACUUGCACAUAUUUUUAUGGAAAGGGUACUAUUAAUUACAUUAUAUCGAAGUGAUUAAAAUAGAUUUGCUUUUUUAACAGACAAUAUAUUUAGUAAAACUGUGCCUUAUAUCACUUUAAAUAAGAAUAUUGUCUAUGCAAUUUUCUAAAUGUGUUAUAUACAAUAUAUUUUUAUACAAGUAUAUCUUGCCCCCAUCUCCAUCGGGUAUAAAGUGACUUUCUGACUGAUAUUCGUUUAAAAUUGGUUGGCUUGCACUACUAGGAAUUAGAAGUUCCCUUCACAGGACUUCUCUCAAACUUUUGAAUGCAGAGAUUGUGUUCAUUAGAUUAUAAAAUAGUAGUGCAACUGUCUGACUGAUUUUAGGUCUGUAUAUUAAACUAUAUGGCAUAAGCCAUAAAGGUGGAUAUGGUGCAACUCGCU